UAGUUCGUGCUGAAGAAAACCCUCGCUGCCGUCUCUUCUACAGAAAAAUCUAUACUCACCUCGCCCGCGUAUCCUGCCUCACGAACACUCGUAACUAUGGCAGACAGAGGGGCGGCGGGAGGCGACAGGGGAGGAUUCCGUCGCGGCUUUGGCGGAGGCCCCCGCGGAGGCCGUGGUGGUCGUCGCCGCCCGAGGAAGGAAGAGGAAGAGAAGUGGGUACCCGUCACGAAGCUAGGACGCCUCGUAAGGGAAGGUAAGAUCCGCUCAUUGGAGCAAAUCUAUCUCCACUCCCUCCCUAUCAAGGAGCACCAGAUCAUCGACCAACUGGUCGGUCCUUCCUUGAAAGAUGAGGUUAUGAAGAUCACCCCGGUCCAGAAGCAGACUCGGGCAGGCCAGCGUACCAGGUUCAAGGCCUUUGUUGUCGUCGGUGACGGGAACGGGCAUGUAGGUUUAGGUGUUAAGUGCUCGAAAGAGGUGGCCACGGCCAUCAGAGGCGCCAUUAUUCUCGCUAAGUUAUCUGUUAUUCCUGUAAGGAGAGGGUACUGGGGAAACAAGAUCGGGAAGCCUCAUACAGUACCGUGUAAGGUAACUGGCAAGUGUGGAUCGGUCACGGUCAGGAUGGUGCCGGCCCCUAGAGGUGCUGGAAUCGUGGCUGCUCGGGUGCCCAAGAAAGUGCUUCAAUUUGCCGGGAUUGAGGAUGUGUUUACCUCCUCCAGGGGCUCUACUAAAACUCUUGGUAACUUUGUCAAGGCCACUUUUGAGUGCCUUCUGAAGACCUAUGGUUUCUUGACACCUGAUUUCUGGAGAGAGACCCGCUUUACCAAGUCUCCCUUCCAGGAGUAUACUGAUCUGUUAGCCAAGCCUACAAAAGCUAUUAUUCACGAAGACGUUGAGAGAGUUGAAGCCUGAUCUCUUUUUUUCCCAGAGAAGGAAAGUCAUUAUGCGGAGCAUAGCUAGUUUAGGUUAUUAAGAUACUUGCCUUCCAUCUUUUUGUUUCGUUGUUGUCGGAAUUUUGAGAUGAACUUAUUUGCUUAUGUGUUGUCUCAAACAAUGGUUGUGCUGUUUGGCAAUUAAGUUUAUACUUUUCAGUGACAUUGGUGAAUUAGUUCAUUUAAUUUUAAUAGAAUUUUGUUAAGGACUUAACAGUGUUUUUGAAA